CGAGUUGGUCGAGGGUGCUGUUCCUCCAAAGGGUUGCGUGUACCAGAUGGGACCCGGCGAGUUGGAGGAACUCCGACGAUAGAUUGACAACAUGAUUGACAAAGGGUGGAUCAAGCCUAGUGAGUCUGAAUUUGGUGCUCCUGUCUUGUUUUUUCCAAAGAAAGGAGGCAAGCUCCGUAUGUGUAUUGACUAUCGUGGCCUAAGCCGCAUCACAAGAAAGAACGCCUAUCCAUUACCUCGAGUAGAUGACUUGCUUAAUGCGGCAGGUGGGUGCAAGGUCUUCUCCAAGAUCGAUCUCAAGUCUGGCUACCACCAUAUUGAAGUCGAUCUUGCGAACCAACACAAAACUGCAUUCAAAACACGCGAUGGGCUUUACGAGUUUACCGUAAUGCCCUUCGGUCUCACGAACGCACCGGCCACCUUCCAAAGCCUCAUGGACAAAGUCCUCCGCGAACAGAUUGGCCGGUUCGUGGUGGUCUACCUCGAUGAUAUACUAAUCUUCAGCAAGUCCAUGGAGGAACACCUCAAGCACCUUGAGGAAGUACUGACCAUCCUCAAGAAGACGCAACUCGAUCUCAACUUAGAGAAAUCUGAGUUUGGGAAGGAUAGUGUCAUCUAUCUUGGGCACCGGUUGUCUGUUGCAGGCCUAAAACCUGAGGCAACCAAGGUGGAGGUUAUACGCAACUGGCCUCAGUCCGUGAAUAUUCACGAACUGCACUCUUUUCUUGGUCUCGCGUCAUACUAUCGGAAGUUUGUACCCCGCUUCUCCAUUGUUGCGCGUCCAUUGUCUCGAUUGACAAGUAAGAAUGUUCCCUAUUCUUGGGAUACCGCGUGCACGAACGUCUUUCAAGCUUUGAAAGACUCCUUGGUAAGUUACCCAGUACUCCGCAUUGCAGAUCCCAGACUAACAUUCGUAAUUACUACAGAUGCAAGUCAGUAUGGAAUCGGCGCAGUGCUGCGGCAAGAUGACGGCGAUGGCUUUCGACCGCUCGAAUUCUACAGCAAACGCAUGCCCAGCAUAAAGGUAGCCACUUCCACCUACAUGCGCGAGCUCUAUGCUUUGCAUAUGGCUUUGGACCAUUGGAAACACUAUCUUUUGGGACGCCACUUCAAAUUGUUCUCAGAUCACGGAACCCUGAAGUGGAUCAAGGAACAAACUACCCUGUCCCCUACGUUAAUUUGUUGGUUCCAUGAAAUUGUCAUUUUUGACUUUGAGUUGAGACACAAAAAGGGUUGUUAUAAUCGAGUCGCUGACUCAUUGUCUCGCCACCCUGAGUACAUGACUUACCUCGUGAAAUCCUACGACCUCCAUAAGAAACUGAAGGAGGAGCUCGUAGAGCAGACGGCCAAGGAUCCGGAACUUAGUCCCAUCCUUGAGCGGCUGCGGGCUGAUCCUAGUAGUCAGCCUGAUUUUCAUGAAUAUGGAGGAGUGCUUUUUCGUCGCUACGGGAACCAUGACCGCUUGUGUGUGCCCAACCAUGAGCCUCUCCGCACGCAUUUUCUGGAUUUGGCUCAUGGCCGGAGCGGACACUUCGGCAUGGCAAAGACGUACGCAAAUCUGCUGCGACAGUUUGAUUGGCCUGGCAUGAAAGGGACUGCUGAAAAGUUUGUGGCUGAGUGUCAAGUCUGUCAACGAAUCAAACCAUGUAGACAAAAGCCCAUGGGGCUACUCGCACCCCUUCCCAUUCCCGAUGGUCCCGAGGAGUCCGUCUCCAUCGACUUCACCGACAUGGGAAAGGUGAGUAAGAACGGCUACUCAAAAUUCAUGGUGAUUGUUGACCGAUUCUCUAACUUUCUCAAUCUGAUCCCUUUGUCGCCGCACGCCCCAACAGAAUUAGUGAUUCAUGAGUUCCAACAAAAGUACAUUCUACAGUUCGGGACCCCGAAGACUCUCGUAAGCGAUCAGGACCUGCACUUCAUUAGUACUGAAUGGAAGGACUUCACGUCUCAUCUUGGGAUCAGGUUGUGUAUGACAUCUGGCCGACACCUUGAAGCCAACGGUUUGGCUGAAGAAAUCAACCAGACUUUGUUCCAACUUCUCCGCGCUUUGAUUAUCCCGGAUCAGGAGACAUGGGAUGAAGAGUUGUAUUUCGUUAGGGGGUUGUACAACAACUCCAUCCAUUAUGCCACCGACAUGGCACCCAACAGGCUGCAUCUCGGUUGGCAGAUCCAUAAUCCGCUCUCCUACCUAUUCCCUAAGCAACCAGCUGGCUUAACACCCGACAGGCUUGGCUUCAGGGCCAAGUAUGAUUGCUUGCUCAAGGUUGCCAUUGCAGCCAUGACCAAGCGACAACAUGCCAUGAUCCAUCACGCGAACAAGGGGCGUCGACCGUCGGACAUUCAGGUAGGAAGCUAUGUCUGGGUCAAGAUGUCUGAAUUCUCAGAAGAAGAAGGGGUCUCUCACAAACUUCUCCCACUCUAUUACGGACCAUGGGAAGUUUUGGAUGUGAUUGGCGAAGACCACUUUGGCCCUUCGUACGCAGUUGAUGUGCCAGCCCAUCUGCGCACAUACCCCGUAUUCCAUGCAUCGAAAUUGUACCUCCACCGUGAUGCUAAGACGUUCGACUAUCGCGAACACAUGAUCCCUCGUGCGAUCAAAGGCGGGUCUGAGAUAUAUAUAAUCAAACAGUACGUAGGGAAGGGACGCAACAGACAAUACCAGGUUCACUUCAUGUAUUACCCAUUAGACAAUGUGUACUAGAUUUCCAAAAAGGAACUGCUACGCAGCGCACCGCGCGCUGUCAAAGCCUACGAGCGCC